AUUGAAGCGGGGAGUGAAGUGGCGUACAAUUGGAGGCUCGCCACUAUAAAUAGUAAACGAAAUGCCGGUAAAUAGUCAGUAGUUUUCGCAUUCUAAAGCCGUGUCAACAUGCCGCGUAUUAUUGUUGCCCUCGUCCUGUGCCUGGCAGUGGCAGUGCAGGCGGAUUUCCCCGAUGAUCCGAAGCCGUGCAAAUACGGAGAUACCGAAUGUAUGGUCAAGUUUUGCAACAAGCUAAUCACGGAUAAGGCAACCGAGGGGGAUGCCAGCCUGAACCUGGUGCAGCUGGAUCCUAUGACGGUGGAUAAGAUGGUGCUCAGGCAGGGCGCCAAUGGGAGUCCAGUGAGCAUAGAUCUCACCUUUACGGACAAUAAACUGUAUGGAAACAAGGAUGUGCGCUUCAAAAAGAUGAGAGGAUUCGGCAAGGAAAUUGCCACUAAGCACGAAAUGGUCAUGAGCUCCAAGGUGUUCUCCCUGGUGGGUAAUUACUCCAUCAAGGGCCAGAUCCUGGUACUGCCCAUAAGCGGCUCCGGGUACAGCAACAUGACAAUGAUUGGAGCGGAUGUGAAAAUCAGUUUUACAGGCAAGCCGGUGGAGAGGAAUGGAGAGAUUUACAUGGAGGCCAGCGACUUGAAGUAUUACUUGAAGCCAAAGAGCCAGCACUAUUACUUUAGCAAUCUCUUCAACGGUGACAAGACGCUGGGCGACACAAUGAACACCUUCCUCAACGAGAACGGUGCGGCCAUAUUCAGUGAGACGAAGGAGACAAUUGAGAAUGCCUUUGCCGCGUUAUACGAGCCGCUAAUGACGAGGGUCUUCUCCAAGUAUCCCUAUGCCAAGUACUUUGCCGCGGAGGAGGAGGGUAGCUAACUACAUACUCUCAUUUCGAGUGAGAAAACUUUGCCCAAGUUCGUUUUAAGCUGUCGGAAAUAACACGCAUACGCUGCAAUCAUCAUUAGAUUUAAUGAGUGCUGUAAAACAGAGCCAUUAAGGUGUUAGAAAUAAGUGGAGAAAUAACUAAAUUUGAUCAAAGGUAGAUCAUCCAUCGCAGCUGAGUAUUCCGACUGCUGCCUGAAAGUAUGUGGCAUAGACAGCUUAUUGACCCACAAGGAAAUAUUGUACUGUAUGGGGACUAAUGGGGACCCAACUAAUGACCCUUAACAAGUGAUCAGCCACUCAACUCAUUAAACGCAAUUAAAUUAAAGUAUGUCAAAGGCGCACUCGA